AGGCGGUGGCACACGAAAGAUUUUCAUAGACUCUGUGCAAUUUAGUAGGUAUCUCAUGUAGCUGUCGAGUUCUUUUCAUUUUAAUCAUAUUGUUGCCACACGAUCUCGCAAUCUCAUUUCGACCUGUUGUGAUUCUACUUUUGGAAUAAAUAUUUCGCGGUCCUGAUUGCAGUUUUUUUUUACCCGUUGUGACGUCGUUACCAGCAGUACAGUGUGCGCUGACUACGCAUUCGUGCUAGUCCGGAGGCCUUCAGGGUUUGUUUGAAGUCCGGAGCUGAGUGAAUAAGUGAACGCGCAGCAGAAUGGGCGUUUUGCGACACCUUUUGGCAGCCGGUGGGUUGCUGCCAGUAGCGAUCUUGGCGGAAGACGCGUCAGAUGUGGUGCAGAUGACAAGUAGCAAUGCCGACGAGGUUCUGUCCAGCGAGUACGUACUUGUCAAGUUCUAUGCACCGUGGUGCGGACACUGCAAGGUAUACACAAAGCCGUGAAGAUGUUUAGAUUCGAAAAGUACCAGAAGAGGUUCGGCUUCGCAAGAAUACAAUUUGCGACGGGCUAGAUGAGAGCCGUCGAAGAAAAAGGCGAUGUGUUAUAAAGCUAGCUUGCGCUCGUACUUUACUACUCUUUGCCAACGGCGAAACGAAAUGUAAGUCAGAAGUGGACCAUUUCGCGAAUACGUUGCUACCCUGCUUGCUACCCAAAACUAAUUCUAAACUGAUAACCAUAUCUAAUUUUUUAUACAGUCGAUGGCCGGAGACUACAUCGAAGCCGCAGCGAAGUUGAAAGAAGAUGGAGUUGUGCUGGCAGAGGUGGAUGCAACGGUCGAGACAGAUACGAGACGCAAGCUGUGAUGAAUCCCUCGUUUUGCAUCACUUCUCCUGCUAGCAAAGGAAGAAGACGUGCUCUCACUUGGUUGUCGAUUCUGCGACCUCGUCGCACUACCACUAUUACCAGUAAAUGACGAAUGAACGUCUGGUAUUGGGUACAAAAAGUCAAUUGAUCGUACAAAAACAAAAUGAGGCAGGUCUUGCAUUGAGUAUGUAUCUUUGACCAUGAUUUUUGUAAUGCAGCGAUUUGAUAAUAUCGGAAUUUGUAUAUAUUUCAUGAUCGCCAUCGGCGAAUAAGAAAAAUGAAGUUGAUCUGCACGAACAGGGGAUUCUCGGAGGUUUUGGAUUUCAUAAACGACUUGGCUACCACUUACAAGGUCGAGGGGUACCCCACACUUUAUUGGCUAUGGAAUUCAAAUUUAGCAACAUACUCCAACUCGUACCAAGUAUCUCUCUUUCGUGGCUCUGUUUCUGCCGUAUUUGCAGCGGGUAUGCUGACUUCGCUCUGUUUCAAGUUUUUAUUUUUAGCUGGAGAGGUGUCAGAAAACACAGCUGCGUGCAACUGUCAGGAUCGCGAAGCGUGAUACUUGAGAGGGGGGUGUAAGUGUUUUUAAAUGCAUAGUGAUUUGUCAAGGGACAGAAGAAGGAGUAUUCCGGACCCCGAUCUGCAGACGGAAUCGUGGAAUGGGUCAAAGGGAACAUGGGACCAGGUACUUCUCGAGUGUUACUGCUUUCUUCAAAACUUUUUUCUCCUAAACAUGAAAAUAAUUGCAGGAGGUAGCCAUGGACGCUUGUACAAAAAGCGCACUAAAUGUAAAUUGAAAUCAGAUGCAAAUAAAAUUAUACAGUGGUGAAGACCCUGACGGAAGCGGAGAUUGGCGAGGCGCUUAAGGAGCGAAAGUGGUCUCAGGGACUUGUGGUCGCGAAGGGGGACAAGAGCCUGCUCGAGUCGAUUACUGAGGUCGCGACGAACACAACCAUGACUCACUUUGUGUACUCCGAAGCGGCGUCCACCAGUGUGGAUCUCUAUCGUGGAACAGCAGAGAGUGUACUUAUCCGUGGCAGUUCCUUGAUGCUUAUUAGAGUUUUUGUCGUGACAGGGCGCUACGUACUGUUUCACUUUGCCUGGGGUUUAGGUUUCCUAGCUUUUGCGAGAUUUCUCCUUCCGUACGAACAUGCAACUGAAACUAGUGCCAAGGAAAGCCGGGGUAGGAGAACAUGGUCUUCGCUCGUCUUCAGAAAAAAAAAUAACAAAAAAUCACAGAUCAAGUACAGUGGCGCGUUCGAAACGGCUGCUUUGGACGCUUGGGUGAAGAGUGAGCGCAUUCCACUCUUCGGGCAGAUCAACGAAGACAACUUUGAGCUCUACGUGGAGCGAGCGUCAAAGGGCUUGUUCUGGGUGUGCCUCGACCCGGUCACCAUCGAGCAGCAGCUCACUUCCGUGUCCCCGGCUUUGGUGGAGGCCUACAAGAAGCAGGCAGCUGCUGGAAAGGACGUGUACUUGCUAAUAAAAUUAGAGUACUUAGAAGUGGCCCAAGCAAAGCAGUGAUACGUUCUUGCAUAUGAUUAAACGCAAAAAUCACUUGAUACACUUUAAUAUCUUUUGUAGAAUCUUGGGUGUGUUUGUGUUUCAUCUAGAGCAAUAGACUACAUUGGUCACCCGGGUGCAAGACCGAGGUGGUUAGAUUGACGUUGUUUGCGCAUUGAGUCACCGAUGUGCGAGGGACAGCAUUGACGUCUCGUAGCCGCAGGCACGUCAACUCUACUAAAGAUGUCGAAAACUAAAAAUUACAGCUUUCCAUUUGUGUGGUUGGAUGUCGCCGAGUUUGAAGCUCAUGCGCGAGAAGAGUUGGGCUGCGCCAACUACCCCACGAUUGUCCUGCAGCGCGGCGACUUAAUGGGCGAGUCCGAAGCGAAGGUAGGAUUUUGCAAUCGAUAUUUUUUUCAAGUUCGACUGGUAGCCUCGUAGAAAGGUGAUACUGGGAGUGUGGUAAAAAGAAUAUGCAUGUUUAUACCGGCCGCGGGGUUGCAAUAGCAGUGCUUUUGCGUGUGAUCAUUUAAAAUUCAAAAAAGUAUUCAGUAAAUCAUCUACUCCCACCAAAAACGAAAACCUAACUAGGUCGAGAAGUUUGUGCGCAGCUUCAGCGACGAGCCGGCAAAGCUUACCGCCGAGGCCGUGGAGACGUUCUUGGGUGACAUCGCUUCGGGCAAGUUGGAGCCCAUGCCGGAGCUGGAUGAACUCGACAAGCUCGACGAGAUGGACCCCGAGGAGGAGGAUGCCCUGGACGAGGAUGCCUUGCCGGAUUCCCAGGAGGAGUUGUAGUCGCGAGAAAAGCUAGUUCUGUUUCGUGCUCGCCGGCGGCAUACUGUUGAUCUCCUUGGACACUUCAUAGUUUUUUUACACUAAGGCUGCCGUUUGCUAUGUGACGUCCCAAUUUAUUAAAAAGCAUUUUGAUUCAAUCAAACGACAAUAAAAGUAAAUCCGAGUUAAGUUCACCACAUGGUUUGUUUUCUUUCGUUUUUCACAGUAGCUGCUAGGAAAUGAAAAGUGGAGCAGCUCGCAAGCAAGACCGGAGGAUAUAGCUUGCAAUAACAGGAAAUUCUGUUUCUUCUCUUUGUCACAUUUCGCCUGCUUCAAAGCUAACAAGCGACCAUUUUUUAUCAACAAUGUUUUUAUCCAAUUGUAAAUUUAAAUUUUGCGUUUUCGGUGUACCUGUACGUAUUUCCAUUGUCAACAAAACGGUCCGUCAAAGCGCCAUAUACCCGGCUUUCUACUCUGCGCUGACUACAUGGAUAGCUCCUGUCCGAUCAACUCUACGGGCGGCCUUACCGGUUUUUCUUGAAAAAAAUAGCGUUUUUUUUCACGAAAAAUGACAAAGUGUAGAGCCUGCUUUUUCCAAGAAUUCGACUACGGCAAACAAGGACUCUGUACCUGCUGUCUUUUGCGAGAGAUGUUGUACAUGAAUUCUUGCUGCGCUGGUGAAACUCCAGUUCAUACUGCAGCUGCAGAAACGGCACCGGCUGCGCCGUUAUAGUCAAGUUGAGCAAAACUACAGCAGGUGUGUAUUCCUAACAACAACCGCCGGCAGAGAGUAAAAAAAUCCGUUUUGGAGGACUUUUUGCGUACAGUGAUAGCCACAUAAACUAGCACCACUGCAGCUACAAGCGAAUUCUUUGAGGCCAUGUUGCUACCUGGAAAAUAAUGACAUUCACUUAGGUCAGUCUAUGGAUCUGAAGACAACUCCGAGUCGAAAUUCGAUUCGACACUGACACAAUGAAUCGCUGGCGAAAUUCAUCGCUCAUUACUCGAUUGUGGCUCCUGUUCGGCAUCGUUCGUGCCUGAGUGAAACGCCAAGCAAUGGAG